AACGGACUUGUCUCCUACCGUUAGAAAGGGCGUCCAUAAUAUAUUCACACAAACCACCACUCACAAGAAGAAGGCCCAUUAAGAAAUGACCCGAAUUGAAUCGACCUGAAAGAAAUUCAAAUUCCACUAUUCCUUCCAACGGUUCUUCCUCUUUCCCCAGAAAUUCAUACUCUGCAAAUCCCAGCCAGAGCCCAGCCAUGAACAUCACCCCUCAGUCUAGUCGUUCAAGCAGAUUGAAAUCAUCUUCAAGACUAUCUAAGCUCCAGUUCUUCGACCACCCGGAUUCUGAAACCCUAACUAUUGUCCCCUCGCCCUCACCUCCAGCUUCGUCUCCGAAGCCACCAGAUAGCCUCCCGAUCCGAGAUAUCCUUCUUCUGUCUCCUUCUAUUGCUCGCAGGGAGAAGAUCCUGUCGGCGGAGAAGCUCGGAGUGGCUGAAGAUGGCGUGGAGGUUAUUAGCGGGGGUGGGAGGAGAUCCAGGAGUCGGAAUGCAGCAGGAGGGGGAUUGGGGUGUGCUUCUCCGAGAAUUCACCGGAGAUCGAGAAGGAGGUUAGAUCUUGAAUUGAUGAAGGAAGAGAGAAAUUUGGGGGGAGAAGAGGGUCUUAAACCAAGAAAGAAGAGGCACAGUGGGAGAUAUAAGAAAGACAAGCUUGGCUUAGUUCCAGUACCGUCUCCAAAACCAAUGGAAGAAGCUGAAGGGGUUAACCUUGAUAGAAUUGGGGAGCAGAUAAAUGAUUUGGUGAUGUGGAGGGAUGUAGCAAGAUCAAGUCUCUUGUUUGGGUUUGGGUCUCUCUGCUUCUUAUCAUCUUGUUUUUCCAAUGGAGUUACCAUUAGUAUUGUCUCCCUCAUGUCUCACGUUGGUCUGCUGCUUUUGGUGGUAUCAUUUUUCUUGAAUUCAUUUCGGCCGAGAUACAGUGUUGAAGGUAAGCUGGAUAUCCGGCUUAAAGAAGAAGAUAUUCAGAGAUUUGGCAGGUUGAUACUUCCCACAGUAAAUCUUGUAAUUUUGAAGACAAGAGAAUUAUUUUCUGGAGAGCCGGGCAUGACCCUCAAGGUAGUACCAUUCCUGAUUGUUGGAGCUGAGUGCGGCCAUCUGCUAUCUCUGUGGAGGCUAUGCGCAUUUGGGUUUUUCAUCAGCUUCACUGUCCCAAAAUUGUAUUCUUCAUACUCCAGCCUAAUAUGUAGAAAAGUUGAGAGCUUAAAGUAUCGGGCCAUUGAGAGAUGGGGAGGUUGCUCCCACAAGAAAACUAUAGCAGCAUCAGCAUUGACUGCCUUUUGGAAUCUUAGCACUGCUAGAACCCGCAUUUUUGCCGCAUUCAUCUGCAUUGCAGUAAUUAGAUAUGGUAGACAGAAGUCUGAAGAAAAGGAUGAAGAACAAGAAAGAGAAGAGACUCUGAAAGGAGAUAAUAUAGAAAGGUUAAAGAAUGAAAAUGAUGACAUAAGGCACUGAUUGUGUUGGAAUGAAUUCCAUUAGUAUUA